CAGCACAGUGAUCCAAACGUGGCAUCCGCCGCAUCUGUUGUUGUUCCCUCCUCGCUUCUCAACACCCAACUAACUAAUUGCAACAGUGAAGAAGAAGACGAAGAAGAAGAAGAGGCUCCAAUGGCCUCCACCCUCCAUGCUCGCAUAUCAUCCACUCCCACCCCUCCCAAGCUUCUCAACUCUCACCUUCAUGCUUCUGCUUCCCUUUCCUACCGCCGCGCUUUAGCUCCCAACCUAGACGCCUUUGCCCCAACUCCAACCCCCUCCGCUUUCAUUUCCAGAGGAAGGGCAAUAACCUGCAGAGCGCAGGCCUCGCCGGCAGCGGUCAAUUUAGGUCCGGGAACCCCCGUCAGGCCAACGAGCAUACUGGUGGCGGGCGCUACGGGCACAUUGGGCAGACAGAUCGUGAGGAGAGCACUGGAUGAGGGUUAUGAUGUUAGAUGUCUCGUCAGACCUCGCCCCGCCCCUGCCGAUUUUCUACGCGAUUGGGGUGCAACUGUGGUCAAUGCAGAUUUGAGCAAGCCGGAAACUAUACCAGCGAUUUUGGUAGGCGUACAUACGGUCAUCGACUGUGCCACAGGACGUCCGGAGGAGCCCAUCAAAACUGUAGAUUGGGAAGGAAAAGUUGCUCUGAUACAGUGUGCCAAAGCCAUGGGAAUCCAGAAAUAUGUCUUCUUUUCCAUCCACAAUUGUGACAAACAUCCUGAGGUUCCACUUAUGGAGAUCAAGCACUGCACGGAGAAGUUUCUCCGUGAUUCAGGGUUGAACCACUUGACUAUCCGACUUUGUGGUUUCAUGCAGGGGUUGAUUGGACAGUAUGCAGUACCCAUAUUGGAAGAGAAAUCUGUUUGGGGCACUGAUGCUCCUACAAGAAUAGCAUACAUGGACACCCAGGAUAUUGCUAGGCUGACAUUUAUUGCUCUACGCAAUGAAAAUAUCAAUGGUAAACUUCUUACAUUUGCUGGGCCACGAGCAUGGACAACCCAGGAGGUGAUAACACUGUGCGAGAGGCUUGCCGGUCAAGAUGCAAAUGUGACCACAGUUCCUGUCUCAAUUCUGAGAGUUACUCGUCAACUUACUCGUCUAUUUGAGUGGACCAAUGAUGUUGCCGACAGAUUGGCAUUUUCAGAGGUUCUUACAAGUGACACAGUAUUCUCGGUCCCAAUGGGGGAGACAUAUGAGCUGCUCGGGGUGGAUGCGAAGGAUAUAACUACGUUGGAGAAAUAUCUGCAAGAUUAUUUCACAAACAUAUUGAAGAAGUUGAAAGACAUCAAGGCACAGUCUAAACAAACUGACAUAAUCCUAUGAUAUAUAUAUAAUGCCAUUGUUAGGUCUUGAUCUAGCAAGAGCAUUGUUAUAUUAAUGUGUUUGGUUGGUACAUAAUUAAGUUGUAUAUGUGUGGGGAUGGAUAUUUGAUUUAUUUAUGGUGUUGGAUAUCUUACAAAUAUCCCCAGCAAAGAUCUUGCAU